GGUAAAAAUGAAACGCAGCCGACCAGAUUCGAGACAAAGAGAUAUGGAGGUGGACCAUAUGCAAAAUGAGACAGAUCUUAUGUUUGACAACCCUAACGGCCUCAUGCAGAAUCUUAAUGAAGCGAAUGACUUAGUUGAGGAGUUAUCAGCCUCCUCUCAUUCUGUGAAUGAGGAGCAAAACUCAGACGAUGGGGAAAUCAACAUCAAAGCUGAGCUCAAAGGACACCAAGACAACCGUUUCAAGGACGAUGCAAUCAGACUCGGGGAAGAAGACCAGAUGGCCUUCAUGGAUUAUUUCAGGUGUCGUACUCAGAAAGUUCAACUAAAAUCUGACUCUGAGGAAAUUGGACGUAAGAAUUUUCAUGAGUUCUUCAGUAAGAACCAGAAAACUGUCGCUCAAGGUAAGCAUGAUAAGACCAGUCGGGAUAGAGAGGAUAAGAAAACUGAUCGGAGAAGGAGAGACGACAGAGAUAGGCUCAGACAAGAUCAGAGGGAGCAAGACAUCCACGACUUUGCUCUCAACAAUGCGGAAAAUCCUCACAUUGAUGAAGAAUCAAAGGGGCCAAGCUACGAAGAUUUCCUUGGCGAUUCCUUCUCUACUGGUGACGGCAUGGCAAAAUCAAUAUGCUGAGAACUUAAGGAUGAGAUGUACUACAUGCUUGAUUCAGGACUUAAUCUAGCUAUAUAUGGGGUUGGCAGCAAGAUCAACUUCUUGAAACAUUUUACCAUGGGACUGAAGGAGAAUGCGAUUGUGGUUGGAAAUUGAUACCACCCUGGACUGACACUUAAGGGGAUCCUGAAGGAGCUCACAACUCACAUCAACAGAGAGUAUAUGAAUGAUGAGAACAAUAAAGUAAUGAAGCAGAUGAACAAGUUCUUUAGUAUGGGUGAUAACGUGGAAUAUCUCUUGAAAACUUUGUCAAUUGAUGACCUGAAUAUCCCGAAAAUAUACAUAGUGCUUAUAUCGCUCGAUAGUGGCAACCUGAAGUCUCUCGAACUCCAGAGGCACUUGUCAUCCUUAGCAAAGUGUGACAAGAUAGGGAUCAUUGUCACCACAGAUUCUCUGAAGCCUGCAGUCUUUUGGGAUGAUGCAGUGCUCGAUGAGUACAACUUCGUCUUCUAUCAGAUUGACACUUAUGAAGAGUACGACCUUGAGAAGUCUAUGGUGACUCCGCUGUUCUCCCUCAAGAAUGAAAGAGAGGAGCUUGGGCUUGCCUUUAUCUUGCAAUCCUUCACUGACGCUCAGGUUGACGCCAUGAAAGUGCUUGCAAAGUUCCAGCUUGAGAACCCUCACGAGCCUGGAAUGAAAGAGCGUGAGCUUUAUGAAGAAUGUGUUGACAUGCAGGCUGUUAGCGACAUCAAAAAUCUCAAAGAGAUCCUUCGUGAAAUCAGGGACCACAAGAUCCUCUUCGAGAGGGAGGAUAAAGAGGGUAACAGUUACCUGUAUCUCAAAUUGAAGGCUACGAUUUUGGAGAAGAUCAUCCACAACCAGCUUCAGCCGGAUGAUUAGCAGUCUUAAAGCUCAAUUUUGAUAUGGAAAA